GUAAUGUUCCCAGCCUACCACCUUCUGAUGUUAGUUGUUAUUUUCGGCUCUCUGAUUUUUUACAUUAACAGAUUAAAUUUCUCACUAACACAGCUACCUCGCGCGCCAUCCUCGAGGCUGCUGCUUCACGAUCUUCCAUAAACAUGCUAAUCUCUUACAUUAACAUAGCCACCUUGGCACACUCGCCGUGGAGGAUGCUCAGCGAUUUUCCAUUAACAUGCUAAUCUCUCACAUUAACAUAGCCACCUUGGCGCAUUCGCCGUGAAGGAUGCUCGGCGAUCUUGCAUUGACAUGCAAAUUAUUUGCCUUGCAGCCCUUUGAUUGGUGGAAAGCCCACCACCGCCACGGUCGCUGCCCACCACUUGUAUUGGCUGCCUACAUUUGGGCUAUGCCCAUUUCAAACCUUUUUCCUGAUGACGACCGCUUGUGUUGCGAUUGAAACGUCGUAGUUAUUUUCUUAUUUUCUUUGAACCUAUCUACGUGACUUUAACAAUAGACCCAAAGAAUAGGAAGCGAACCCUGGAAAACUACGUACCUCACCCACCGACUUGGGGGUUGGCCAUGUGCGCAAGCACGCAGUCUUGUCAGGGUUUGUAGCUAUUCCAGAUUCGCUGACAAUGUGCCCCAGGUACCAAACCGACCUCUGUAACAGAUGGCAUUUCUGCGGCUUAAAUUUGAGAUUCGCAGCCCGCAUAUUAACAAAACUGCACGCAACCGUUGCAGAUGUUCCUCGAAUGUAUGUCCAAAAAUGAUCACGUCGUCGAGAUAAAUCAAACAAGAGACCCAUUGGAGUCCUGCCAACACUAGCUCCAUGAGUCUCUGGAACGUGGCUGGACUCGAGUGGAGCCCCAUCGGGAGGCGGGUAAAUUCAAACAACCCUUGUGGCGUACGAAACGCAGUCUUUGGUUUUGAACUUUCAUCCAGAGGCAACUGCCAGAACCCAGACAACAAAUCAAGGGUGGAGAAGAACCGCGCCCCCGACAGGGCAUCCAAAGAAUCAUCCAUCCGUGGAAGCGGAUACGCAUCCGCCACGGACACCUUAUUAAUUUUCCGGAAGUUGACACAAAAUCUUAAACUCUCGUCCUGUUUCUUGACAAGGACAAUGGGAGCCCCCCACGGACUGUUUGACAGGGAAAUUAUAUCUGUAGCCAACAUCUCGUCGACUGCCUGUCGAACAUGGUCCUUUUCUUUCGGGCUCAACCUAUACACGUUUUGGCGAAUGAGGGCCACGCUCCCCUUAUCAAUGUGGUCAUGCAACAGAGACGUGCGGCAAUUUACUAAAAUAUCGGAAAAUUAUCUAAGAAGUGCACGCAACCCGGACCUCUGUGCAUCAGUAAAAUCAGAACUCUCGGAGAAGAGUGCGUCCAACCAAGACUCCUCACACCUCUCUUCCUGCUCCACAGCCGCCGCAACUCUGAUAGUCUCACCAUUUAUUUCCUCGCAACACGCGGCAGACGCCUGAACUAGAAAAGUACCCGCCUGUAUUACAGUGGUGCCCAGACCAGCGUUUAAGACUUGAAUGAAAGGUUCCUGGUCGUUUCUGACCACAGUUUUUUUGCUCCCACUAAUGUAAGGCCCCAGACCAAUUUGUUCGAAGGGGUUAAGAGGAUCCCUCCCUCGGUAGCUUCUCGAUCGAGCUGCUUCCGUAGCCGCAAGGGCACAAGCAUUUGAGCGCCGGGGGGAAUUUUUACAGUUUCUCCCACCAGCGCUUGGACUGUGGCGUUAAUCGUGCACAACCGAGUCGGGGAUGUCAAAACGCCAUUCGGCGGCCCAAUGGCAACUCAAUACACCCCUGAUCCACAAGGAUCUCAAGAGGCAUUCUCCCCAGAAAAUCGUUUCCCAACAGGCAGGGUACAGCCAAGGACUUUGAAACUAGCACUGGUCCUGUCAUUUCAAUGUCACCAAUACACACAAUACACACUGUUGCCGAUAUUUGGCCAACGAUCCCCAAGGACCCGCCAUUAACGGCAAAAACGGGAUUUCUACAUGACCGAGUUUACACAGUUUAGGCGGCAAAAUUUUAAAAAAUAUUUUUUAAAUAAUGGUAGCGUAUGCUCCAGUGUCAAUGAGUACCCGCACCUCAACCCCCUGCACGGUUCUCACAAUCGCUGACGAUCCCGCCGCCGCAGCAACAAUACGAUGUCCUAGUGCCGACCAUUGAUCCGGGCGCCGCGGCCACCCACCACCCGCCAGAACCCGAUUUUCAUGCUCCGCAAUCCGGCGAGGAAUAACAUCGUGCAAAUCCCACCCGGCGCACAAACAUGAUGCCUGAGAUGAGUGAAAUGGCCGGGUUUGAGAAGUGUUGCGACUCGCCUGAGGUGACCGUGGAGCGGAAGACGGCAGAAUGGAAGAUGAUGGCGCCGUAGAGAAUCUCCCUUGGUCAGCCUGGCAUCAUCUUGAGACGUGACCCGGCAGACCACACUUAAAGCAGAUGACGGGGGCGCUCCUUGGGCGAAGAAGAGUCCCCUUCUGCAGGUCUUGCCCCCCUUGUCGAACUGCGUUGCCUUUCCUCUGCCCGUCGACGUCGACCGAUGCACAGACUUGGGGGGGGCUCCGUGCCGUCUGGCACUUUUGCCAUCUCGAAAGGUCCCGCGCACGCCGCCACCCCCGCACAUCGUUUCAAAUUAAAAUGUGCUUGUAUGCAUCGUGCAACCUUGAGCGAUGAUAAGUCGUCCUCUUCCGUGGCUGGCAGGGUAACGUUCAGUUCUUGAGCCAGUGCCAGCAUGCGCUCGAGCACCAAGGAGUCCAGCCCAGCUUGCUCUAUCUUGGGAUAUGCAGCCUGCGCCAGCGAAAUCAGCGCGCUGUGGAAGGCGAGGGGCGUCUUGGUCUCCCCCCGCCUUCGCGCGGCAAACUUGUGUCGCACGUUAGAUGGCGAAUCGAAUAUUGCCGCCAUCUGGGCAAAGGCUUGCGGCAGCGUCACCCUGUCCUCCGGCGGGAUGGCGUAGAACGCCGCCAAGGUGUCAUCUAAGACUGUCGGGAGCGCCCGCAACGCCUCCAGUUCGGUCCAUCCCGCGAGAUCACAAGUAGCGGUGAAGUGCCGCCGAAACGCCGCCCAGUCACCACCCGCAGCUGUAAAUUCCCUCAUAAAGGGAAGUCGCUUCUUGAACGCCAGGACUUCGGGUCGCGAUUUUGGCGGGAGAUCCAAUUUGGCGGGAACCUCGUCCCGCCCGUCCAACAAAAUGGCCGCCACGCAUGCGGGCUGCAUCUCUUCGGUUUCCCGUGUGCGGAAACCAGCAGCGGCGGAGUCGUCUCCUUGCGGCCCCGAUGCUCCGACCUCCCUCACCGGCUCCUCCAGCUCGAGCUCGGUGACCAACGCUGCCGCGGCGGACUGCAAAUCGGCGUAGUGGGUUUUGCGCAACCCGCGCUCUCUCCCCGACGAUGGCGGCGCGACGAGAUCGGGUUCAUCUCGCUGUUCUGCCGGUAGAGCCGCCUUGCACCCUUUCUCCGGGGCUGCAAUCCCCGGGGCUGUCUGGGGAAUCACCCCCUCAUCAUCCUCUUCAUCCGACGACGCCUUGAUGAGAUGUCUUUGCCUUGUAAACAUUUCACUACAGUCGGCUAUCACCUAGAUAUUUUUAACACUUCUGACGCCAGAUGUAGUGGGUCCAUUUGAGACACACACUUGACUUCGGAGGCAACACGUUUAUUCUAUGACCACAACGGGGUAACUACAUAAACGUAACAAUGGGAUAACUAUAUAGCGGUAACCACCACGGGGUAACUACAUAACCGGGUCAGGUCAGUUAACAUACUGCCUGACCCACGAUGCCGAGCGUGAAGACCUAUCAAGAGCAUAGAUUUCCCAGUUUUUGGAUCUAUAUGGCUUCGCUUGAGGUGCAUUUUAAGGUUGUCACAGAAACGCUUCCUUUGACCUCCGGGGGCACGUGAUCCAUCGCUGAGCUGGGAAUAGGAGAUUUGCUUAGGAAGCCUCGAGUCAUUCAUCCUCACAAGGUGACCUGACCAUCUGAGUUGAUACUUCAUCAUUAUGGCCUCUAUGCUGGAUGAGUUGGAUCGCUCCAGGACACUGAUAUUAGUGUGUCUUUCUUCCCAGGUGAUGUUUAGUAUUUUCCUGAGACAGUGUUGAUGAAACAUUUCGAGAGAUUGUACGUGUUUACGAUAAGGUGGUCCAGGUUUCUGCAUGAUAUAAGAGCGUUGAAAUGAUCACAGCAUUAUGCACAGCCACUUUGGUCUUAGUGGUAAUGUCGUGGUCUUCAAAGACCCUGUUCUUAAGUUUGCCAAAGGCAGCACUAGCUCGGGCAAUCCAAUGUUGGAUUUCAUAAUCAAUUAAGACAUUGCUAGAAAGAUGGCUGCAAAAGUAUGGGAAACUGGGAACGUUUUCUAGUAUUGCAUUGUUGGUAAUGAUUGUAGGGGGUGGUAGGUGUCCUCCCGGAGCUUGUUGAAAAAUGAUCUUAGUUUUGCUGGUAUUCAAUGUUAGACCCAUCAUGCUGUAAGCAUCUGUAAAUAUGUUGAUGAUGACCUGAAGGUCAGCUUCUGAGCAGGCACUGACUUCGUCAUCAUCAGCAUAUUGGAAUUCAAUAACGGAUGUGAAUGAUGUUUUCUUCUUGGCUCUGAAACAGUUGAUGUUGAAUAUGUACCCAUCUGUCCUACAUGUUAUAUUUAUGCCUCUGGGAAAUUUGUUCUCUGUAAGAUGAAGCAUUCACCGCCAGGAAGAUGGAGAAAAGAGUUGGUGCAAUAACGCAGCCUUGUUUCACACUGGUCCUUACUUGAAUUGGCUCUGAGGUUUUACCAUCAGAGAGGAUGACAGCCUUCAUACCGUCAUGCAACAGACAGAGGACGUUAACAAAUUUUGUUGGGUAGCCACAUCUUAGAAGGAUUCUCCAUAGUGCUUCACGAUUAACAUAAUCGAAAGCUUUAGUCAAAUCAAAGAAGGCCAUGUGCAAUGGUAGUCUCUGCUCCUGGCACUUCUCUUGGAGUUGACGGGCUGAGAAGAUCGAGUCUGAGGUUCCCCUGCCAGGUCGAAAGCCACUCUGCGAUUCAGGAAGGAGUUUUUCAGCAAGUGGUAGAAGUCUAAAUUUUGAUUUGAUGCUUUCGUGACUGCAGGGAUUCAUAUUCUUGAUUCUUUCGGUAAAGUCACCGAAAGAACCAAGAAUAUGGUAGAAGUCUGUUUAGUAGGAUUCUUGCCAGUAUUUUUCCAGCGGUGGCGAGAGAUUCCUCUGUAGUUGUCACAGUCUGACUUGUCACCUUUUUUGAAGAUGGUGGCAUCUUUCAGUUCACCAGAACCAUGCCCCCGAGGGCCCCUUUUCAUGCCAUAACAUACUCUGGUGUCAGGCUCUAACACUCGCUGUUCCACUCUUCUACCAGUAGCUGGCGCUAAACGCCGUAGUGACCCAAUUAAUAUCACGACACUUAGCCACGCAGAUCAGUGGAGGUGGGUAUAGGUGUGGAGUAUAGAAUCGGAAUCUUUAUUUAGACUGGAUGAAUCCGAUGAGCUAUGAAACUCUUUUUCACAGAUGUCCAGAGUGAAGACGUUGGGACAUAGACUCAAAGUACCUGUACAGUAUAACAUUUGCCAAUACCGCCUCAUCACAGAUUGUGAAUGGUGGUCGCCCAUCCAAGCACUGUCUAAGCUCAACACUGCUUAGCCAGGUGCAUUCUAGGCGGUUUGUUAAUGGGCAUUUAUCUGACACUGCUGUAAAUGAGACUGUCUAUGGGGAAUGUUCACUUGAGGUGUUGUGUGUAAUCGGUAAUUGUGCAGGUGUCUCACGGGGAUUGUACCCACUGUUACGUUGCCCCUAUUAACGCCGCUGGGGGGGGUGCCGCAUGUUCUGCAGACGUCUGUAGCUUCCCCUGAUGGUGGAAGAGUGGCUGAGGAGUGAAGAGAGCACUGUGUUCCAACAACUUCCCACAGAGCAGCAGCGGCCUCAUGCACUGCUCUGCUCCCUGUCCCCCCGACCAUGAUGGCUCACCUGCCCGGGAGCAUUGCCGUUCACCCCAGGUCCCCUGGUCACAGCCUCAAGGACAGGGGAAUUUCAGCCCGGAGGCCAACGGCUAUCACGAGAGAGCUGAGCUCGGACAGCGACCAACCGGCCUCUGCUGCUGAAACAUUGCCAUCUGGUGGACAGUCUCCUGCAGGCGGUUCCAAGGGCGAGGGGAGUAUGAGCAAGAGUGGGAUGGAGCCUCAGCUGUCCAGCUUGCUGGCGCCUAUUCAGGACGGUCUUCUUGACAUGGUGCAUGACUUCCGCAUGAAUGGACUGAAACCGCUGGUGCUGGGCUCCCAGGUGGAGGAAGGUGGCACUCGGCGGAAGCGCGGGCCCAGCCUCAUGACCCGGUUGAAAACCAUGGCUGGCCAUGAAGGAGGGCAGCACGAGGAAUGCACCGCCCAGCAUCUGAGCAGAAAGGGUGGCCAUCCGCCAAGGGAGGGGCGCAACCGUACCCAGCACACGCUUACAGCACACCUCCACGCCUGCCUGCAAAACCUGGGCAAGCACUAUCGCAGCGUUGCCGUACCCACCACUCCUCACACCAGAUGCUGCCACUUUGUGGUGGAGGAGGGCGAGGCUGCCGCCCUGGCGUUCUGCCAUCACGCCGGCUACGCCAUCGUGGGGGCGCACUGCCAGAGGCUGCACGAGCUUUCCAAGCGUCGCGCGCGGCUCCUCUUCUCCAGAGACUACGUUCAGGCUCUGACCUCGGCCUCCUUGUACGUGCGCCACGUGUCGGGGCUGCUGGGUGCCGACAGGGACUUGCUGUGCGACCUGCGAGGUCGGUGCCACUCUGGCAGCACUGCAACGGCCCGACACCAACUCCCGCCUCUGAAAAGCGCCUGCAGUGAGUUGCAGGAUUUAUGUAACAGCUGGAGUGGACUUUACCAGCGGGUGAGGAGCGACCCGGCUCUCGGAGAGAAUGCAUGGACACACGGUGCCCACUUACCUGGGGUGGCACAGAGUAGUACCCGCGACCUACGGACUCAGCAGGGGUCUUGCUUUAACAGGUCGUCCCUGCCGUUGCUGGCUUUGCAAGGUGUUAGUUACAUGGAACAGCUGCUGUGCAUCAGGCUGUGUCUUCUUGCCAGGCAUCCUGAUCUUGUGCCAAAAAGCGACAUUUGCCAAGCCAUUGUCAUGUUCAACAAAACACUUGCAGAGUUCCAAACCAGUGAUUGCGCCAAAUGCUGCAUUUACCCAAAGAUUGAUGCUUGUGGCUUCCCCAGUGGGUUGGCUGUGAAGGUCGUUUCUAUGCAAAAAGUGCUCAAGAUUGUUGCAAAUGAGCGUGCAGUAUCAGUUGCUCACACUCUGUGCAGUGCCUUUUCACCAGACCAGAAGUGGGACGUAAGCUUGGGGAAAGUGGCCAAUGCAGACGAUGACUUUUUGGCUCAGAUUGGUCUCCUACCUGGUUCUGAUGUCCCUGUUGGCUCCACUGACGAAAGCCUGACACCCGACCAGGCUCCUCCAAAGGACAAAUUGAAGGACAAGGCGGCAGGUUCGUCACAAAUCGCAUCCAUUGUGUACAUUCUUAGGCAGCUGUGCAUAGCAGAGGACGGCUUUAUGAAAAAAAUCCUGGCCGUCUGUUUAUCCAACGUAAGCCUGCCCGAGGAAAAUGCGGUCCUACAACAGGAAACUCGUAUCGUCGGUCAAUCAUACCUGAGCCAUCGCUUGUCGGAUUACAUUGAGCAAGGCAGUGACAGGUGUUUGGCUGAAACGUCGCGCGUGGACGGUGAAACUCCGCGGAUCCCGCGCCCCCCUGCUGCAAUGUUCUCCGAGACGACGCGUUGGCCGCGGUGGUACGAGCAGCGGUUGUGGCACGGCGUGUCCACGUGCCUGCUGGGACGGCUCUUCUCACCGACACACGCCUGCGACGGCGGUGCCCAUCGCGGCCUGGGACCCUUGGGUUUCCACCCUUGCCCGGUGGUGAUGGCACUGGUUGAAGACCUCCGGGAGGCGGGCGCUGAAGAGUGCCUGCCUCUGGAGUGCCAGCAGCAGGUGCGGGCUGCAUCCUCGCAUCUGCACGCGUGGCUGGUCAUGAGGAGCUGGGAUGCAGUGUUUUGCCAAGCGCUGAGCUCGGCGUGGCGAGACCGCUGCGCCCCGUGCGCCGACGAGGGUGCCUGCAUGACCACGACUGCUCGCCUCUUCCACCAGUCUCUGCUUCCACUGCAGUCCUUGCUGGCUAGCUGUGAUGGAACCACAUUGUUGCCGUCUGCGAACGGCCCGAUCGCACUGUGCGCUAUUGAGCGAGGCUUGGCCACCCUGCAGGCUGCGUUCCAUUGGCUGUCGACUAAAAGCUUCCACUUCUUGGCGUCGUGGUCCCUGGAGGAGGUCUUCCUGGUGACGCAAGGAGAUCUCCGAGUUUUCUUGGAAGCGAGUUCAGCAUUUUUGUUGCUGGCUAAAGCCGCUUCCGUGAGUGCGGGGAGCGAUGGGCGGCAACGUGAUGCACGCAAUGCGCUCACUCUGCUGGAAAACACAGCCUUGCAGCUGCAGGCCCUUUCGGAGGAGACCCUGCGGCUGUUUGCGAGUGACUGCAAAAAGAUGGCGCAGGAGACACUGGAGCAGACCAUGCCCCUUGGCAAGCAAUGGCGGCAAGCCAAGGAGCUUGCGGCACGCCCCACGGAGCCGAACGAGUACGCGCUGGUGGCAGUGGCCACGGUGGUGCAGCCCGUGAUGGAGGCGCUCGCUCCGCUGGACACGCACUGCCAAGUGGAGCCCGCAGCCCAGGUGUGCUCCGCCCUGAUGCUCGCGUGGAUGGAGCACAUUGUGCACAAAAAGGUCGUGUUCAGCGUGCAGGGCGGGCUUCAGCUGAAGAUGGAUUUCCAGGCGCUGCGCUCUUACUUGGCCUCCGAGUCGUGCCCCCUGGCACCGGAGACACGCCGCCGAGUACUCGGCCUCGGCGUUUUCCGCCGUGCGGAGGAGGCGGCGCGCUGUCUGCUCAAGCAGCCCCGCCGCCCGCCCAACCUGCUGGAGCGGGGGAGGGGCCAGCUGAGCAGCUUGUGCAGCAGGGGGUCGGAGGUCAGCAGUUACCACAGCCUCGAGAGCCUGGACUUCCCAUGCAUCAGCUCCAAGGUGCUCCCAGUCGGGGAGCCCCAGGACCCCGGCGAGUCGGUGGAGAGUGUGAAGCCGUUCCCGCCCCCCCCUCCAAGGCAGGGGAAGGCUCACGAUUACGGCACCAGCAACGCCACGGCACCAGGUGGGGAGGGAGAGAAUUGCUUCCCGUCCGCCAGCGUGGACACGGAACGCUGCCGCCCGGUCGCAGACCGACGCGACGACGACGGCACCGCCAAGGCCCGCGGGCACGCGACGUCGGACGCCGGGCCGCCAGACGGGAACCGCGUUUCCGUGACCGAGGACGGGAUCGUGCCGGACAGGACCACCUCGCCCCCGCCGGGCGAGACGGACGUGUUUCGGCAGGAGGUGUGGCUGGCCUUGAGGCUGCACGGUGGGGUCAGGCGGUGGCGCUUGCCACAGCUGCCCUGCUUGACCAGAGAACCGGAGCAAUGAAAGGCAUGGGGUUUCGGUGCCAGCGUUCCUUCAGCAGAGGAGUCUCCAUCGCACGGACUUGCGCUGUGUGCUGUGUGAACGAGCACCCUCUGCAGCCUGCAUGCAAUAUGAGUAAUAGACGUUUGGGGAAUGCUG